AUGUUUCCCAACCACAAUAAUUUUACUCAAAAUCCGUCAAUUGGUACACAUUUGCCAGCGAAAUGGUUGAACGAUAAUAUGGUUAACUUACAAGUACCACUCUCAACUGAAAAUUCGCAAAAUUCAAAUUCAGCACAACCAUCACAGUGGCAUAAUGAUGGUACCAAUAAUGUCCGAAUAUCGCAAACUGAGAAUAGAUCACCAAUGCAGCAAUUCAAAUACUCAAAUGAUGAGAUUAGAUGGCCUUCCGAGUUUGGUUACCAAUUUCCUCUUUAUCAGCCGCAGAUUCCACCGAGUGCCUAUUCUUCCACUUCAUUUCCGUCUACUUCCUCUGCAACCUACAAAGUGGAAAAUGGAUAUUGCUACCAGAAUUCUAUAAUGGUUCCAUCUUAUCAUGGAACACCAAAUGAAUAUAUGAGUGCCAUGAGUCAAUCCAUCCCUACUCAAUGGAAGAUACCUUUGCAACCUCCAGGUUAUCAUGUGAGGCCGUCAACUUCUGAAUAUAACGAAUGUGUGCGAAGAACAACACCGCCGUAUCGGACAGGUCCAGGAACUAAUAGUGAGCUUUUUACUACUUUUAUGAUUAUUGGUAAUAAAAUUUUAUAA